AAGCAUUACACAGUGGUCUGAUUUCUUUAAUCAGCCCCUGGGGUAGAUCCCAGCCCCUGGUGUAGGUCCCUUUGCUGGAAAAGGAAGAGGGAGUGGUCGGACCACUCUGAGGAGGAGCCAGAGAAGGAGCUCGCCCCUGAGCCUGAGGAGACCUGGGUGGCGGAGACGCUGUGUGGCCUCAAGAUGAAGCUGAAGCGACGGCGAGUGUCGUCCGUGCUCCCCGAGCACCACGAGGCCUUCAACAGGCUGCUUGAGGAUCCUGUCAUUAAAAGAUUCCUGGCCUGGGACAAAGAUCUGAGGGUGUCGGACAAGUAUCUCCUGGCUAUGGUCAUAGCGUAUUUUAGCCGGGCCGGCCUCUUCUCCUGGCAAUACCAACGCAUUCAUUUCUUCCUGGCUCUGUGAGUGGUUUGCGUCCUCCUAUCCGUCAAUAUCCAAUGCCCUGGGACAGCGGGGGAAGUGGGAUUCCAGCCUGUCAUUUAUCCUUUCACCUAUUUGUCCUCUUUACUCUGUGUACAAAAAAG